AUGGCACAUCCAGCUGGGUUUGAUCCAAUAUUUAAUCGAAGUUUAUCAAAGUUAAUUGCUAAUCCAACAACAGAUACUCAACAAAUGUAUUAUAAUCAAAUUAUAUCAACAUUCGGUACUCACUAUAUCUCGUCGAUUGUUAUUGGUGGUGUUGUUGAAAUGUUUACUCAAGUCAACAGCAAAUAUCAAGAACAUUAUGAUAAACAAUCGAUUGAAAAACAAAUGAGUAUUGGUUUCGGAUCUAUACUAUCUCAGAUGUCAGUUUCUCAUAAUUUCAAUUUUGAAGUUGAUAAUACUACUGAAGAGUUUAAAAAAAAUACUGAAAUAGAGGUGAAAUUCUCACCAUCUGUAAUGACAACACCUACAACAAAACAUAAACAAUGGGAUAUUUGGUUAGAUCGAGCUUCUUCUACACCAGUUGUUAUUAAUCGAACUCUAUCACCAUUAACCGAUCUAUUUAUUGAGUAUCCAAUUGAAAUUCGACGACAUUUGAAUUUAACUAUUGAUUAUUAUCUAAGAAAUGGUAAACUUCCAACUAUUGAUCAGCUGUCGAGUGUUGAUCUGCGUAAAAAGCGUUCAAUCAAUGUAGCCCAGCGUCUUUUGCCACACUUACAAUAUACCGAACCACGUCGACGAAGAAAACGUUUUGUCAACUCAAAUCUCUUUUUAUUGAAUUUGAAAAAUGCAUGA